AGUAAUGUCAUUUGAGUCAAGCAGCUUGUGCAAUUCUUUGUAUCAAGUUCGAAGCCCCAGCAAAAACAAAACAGGAAUAGCUGUCCCGCUCUCUCGGCCGAUUGAAGAUGAGAGCCCAUUACGUCCUUGCCUGCCUGGCUGUUUUGGUGGCUACCACCGGAGCCGCCAACAUACGACCCACGGUGAAGGUCGUCAACAAUUCGCUGUAUCGCCGCUACGUGUGCCUGAACAAGUCGAAUGGAUUCCGCGCUCUGGUGCCCGGUAGCUGCUCUAGAUUCUACGAGUGCCAGAACGGUGUCGCCUCCGAGACCAGUUGCCCCGGAUUCUAUGACCCGAAGGUUCAGGGUUGUGUCAACUAUAACACAGGAUGCGUUGAAGUGAUGCAAGUGGCAGGACCCGUUGUUGGCAACAAUGUGGAGCCGUGUGGUGAGACAGUGCCGACAACCACUCCCUGCGCUGAAGUCACGACUCCCCCAUGUGAGCCAGAGACAACUCCGCCCUGUAACUCGGAGACGACACCAACAACAACCACUUGCACUACGACAACAUGUACGACCAACAACAACCACUUGCGCAACACGACCCCAACAACCUGCACAACAACCACCUGUGCACCGAUCACCACCCCAACAACCUGCACAACAACCACCUGCAGUGGACAAAUAACAACAACGGCUUGUGCUCCUGGUAGCUCUAGCGGUAAAGUAAGACCUUCAUCUGUUUAUGUAAGGCCCGCAGCGAGACCUUUGCACAGCGCUUUGCCUGCGGUCAUGGAUCAGCAUCUGAUGCCAUUGGGUGGGCCGUCGAAUGAGCUAAGCAUGAACCUCUACACCACCUAUGUGUGCCGUAACAAGCCCGACGGCUUUAUGCUUGCCUCCCUGACGAGCUGCAACAACUAUUAUAUCUGUCGCUACGGCAAGCCCCUGCAGGUGAGCUGCGGCGCCAAGUACUUCAAUGCGCUGAAGGGCAUCUGCGAUCUGCCAGAGAAUACGCGUUGCAUACAGCCGCGUGCCUAGGAGAAUUGCCCACCCAUUGACGC